GAAGCGGAGGAAGGAAGGAAAUGGGAAUUGGCGUCGUUGUGGUCGAUGGCGGGGGCCGGGCCGGAGGUGGGCAGGGUGAAAAAGGAGAGAGCGGAGCUGCUUUCCGUUCCGCCAUAGCCGGCCCACGCAGAGUUCUCUGUCAUCUUUCCACGUGCUUGCAAUCUUGACCUGCUCGGCUGCCGGCAGUUUCCCGGUGUGGCAAUUUGGUGGAGAGAACGAGUUGGAAGUGGGAGCUUUGUGUUGUCGGAUGUGUGAACGCAAUCGAACGCUGCUCUUCUCUUUUUCUCCUCUCUUUGCUGUUGAUCAUUUUCUGGUGCUCUGUUGUAGUUGUUGUGUUGGAGUUGGUGGUGGUGCUGCUCCUAGGCUGGGCUGGACUGGCUGGGGCCUUGGGCUGGGGUUGUGGUGGCGAUGCUCGCUGGAGUGGGCACAGAAGCAAGUGAGUGGUUUCGGUGUUGGUCGCGGCGGUGAGUGGGAAGAAGCAGACAGAGGAUUUGUGUGUCGAAAGCAGGAGGAGCUGCGAACACGUCGAUCAGAUGCCGGAUCUGACAUGCAAUUCCUUACUAGGGGUGUUUCUGUAGGGCGGAACCGCGUUUUUUCUUACGAAGCAGUGUGUUGUCGCGGAUCGAAGGAAGUGAGACGAGUGAUCACAUGCCCAGCCACUCAUGAUGUAUAUUCUCUUGCGACGCCCUAUUGUUCAACUACGUGCCGAUGGUCACAGUGAUGUGCUGUGAGAGCUGAUGCUGACGGCAUUCAGCGGCUUCUGCAAAACGACGCAUAAAUUACGAGCAGGAGCGAAAGCGGGAGAUUACAAUUGUUUUUUUCUCUCUGGAAUCAGGAACGCUCUUCUUUUCAACCUGCGCUGAAGGUUUCUUCCUCAUUAUGUUGCGGAAAUCUUGUGAAUAAAAAGCGUGUCAGAUGGAGGAGCAAACCAUCUGCCAAGGGCGAAAUGCGUGAAUAAUUGUGCAUCUGUUUUUACUUGCACAGAAGGCUGCAGGGAAAAGGUCAUCAACGAGCAAAGUUUUUUUCAGACCUUGCAGGCAGUUCUCCGCCAGCAGUCUUUUAUCCUCAAUGAGAUCAGCUGAGAUUUAGGGCGAUGGUGUGGAUCCCAUCCUUGUAGCGUUGCUAGUAAGUAACUGCAGCAAUGUCUCCCGCACCAUAUCCUCCGUUGCAUGCCGGAGAUGAUGUGGAUGCGAGCUUUUUUGAUCAGCUGGGAGACGAGUUGGACUUUCCAGUUUCUGAGGGGGUGGCUCACAAACACGAGGAUACAGGGGAUGUGAGUUCAUUGGGAGCUCCUGAUAAUCUGGAGCUUUCAUCUUCUGCUUCUGGGUCAUGGACUAGCUUACAGAAACUGCAGGUAGAAGGACUUGCGCAACAAAGUAGUCAUCAAGAUAGCAAUGCACAGCUGGACUUUGAGCUUGAUGACGCUUUCUCCGAACUUAGCAUCGCCAAGCUUGAUGCUUUAUCUGAUAUCAAACCUCACAGUGGUGAUUUACACAACAUGGGCAAUGGGGAUAUACAUGGGGAGGAUCGGGAUUUAAAUAUGGUCUCUGAUGUGGUACUCACUGGAGAGGAUUCAUUGAGGCCUCUUGCGAAUGGAGGAUACGAAUCUGAGUCAGAUAGAGGGGAUGUGUUUCAGGGCUCCGGAGCUUUGGAAACAUCAAUCUCAACCCCUUUGAACAUUCCUGGGCAGGACGUCGUAUUGCCAGACUCAAAUGUUUCUAGAGAACUGGGUACCAUUCACCCCAGUACCACAGCGUCAACAAUCUCUGAUGCCACAGCGUCGAGCGUGAAGGAGACGUCUACCGCAUCCGUCGCUGAUGAGGAUGUAAAAUCACCUCAAGCCUCAAAGCCACCAAAACUGACCACUGAUGUGACCGAGGUUCAGUGGAGUGACUUUGGAGCGUCGGCUGGAUUUGGCUCAUUCUCUGAUCUCCUCUCAUCAUUCCCUGCAGAUCCUUCUCAGCACCAAGAGGACGGCUGGAACUCAGGUGCGGAUUUCUUCCAGUUAACAGCCGACGCUUCUCAUGAUUUCGGAUCCGCUGUUCUAGAGCAACAAUCAGCCAAUGCUGGUGUUUUUGAUGUGCAACAAACAGUGCCUGAAACUCAAUCCUUCACAUCCCACGUGUCAUCGGAUUUGCAAACGCUAGGGCAGGAGAGUCAAACUUCAGUUAACACAGGUAGCGAAGAACAGACAGCGUACUGGCAGCCACAAGGACAGGAGCAACUGAGCCAAAGUGACCAAGUUGAAUGGCAAAAUCCGUAUCCGGGGUGGUGGUACAAUAAUUUCACGGGUGUGUGGCGACAGGUUGCCUCUAGCGAUAAUGGAGCUGGUGCCGGGUCUUCAUGGGAUACCUCAGGGCAGUAUCAGACCGAAGCUCAAACUGACAUGAAUCAGAGCUACUGGCAAAACCAGGAAUCCAAUGAAGUUCGUUCACAGGAGAAUGAGCAAGUUGUGGCUGGGAAUGGGGACAUCUCGGCUAACCAGUCCGUGGUCGGGGCUUAUGAAAAUGAGUGGACCGAACAAAAUCCGAAUACUUCAGGCCAGUCCAUCGGUUCACACAACCCUCUCUUUGAGGCAUCAGUCGUAGAGCAAACUAACUCAACAUGGUCAGCUAGUGGAGAAAGUGGCGUGGGCGAACAGCAGGUCAGUUGGGAAAGUCAAUACCCAGGGUGGUAUUACGAUCACCAGGCACAAGAGUGGAAAGAGGAAAACCCAUCCGCCCCAAGCGAAGUUUCUGGGACAUCUCAGUUUCCUGAAGCGCAGCAGGAGACUCUACAUUUGCCAGCUAUAACGGAAGAAAAUGGAAGUUAUUCGGAUAGUGCGUAUCAAGGAUACAGUUCCUCACAGUGGUACGGAGGGCAAGAUCAGCAGCAUAUUUCAGCAGGCCAGUACAAUCAGGAGAGGCCCAGUAGCUUCGAUAUCCCGUCAACGUACGCAACGCUGGAUAGUCUUAGCCCCAGUGUUAGCACGUUCCCUGCAACUAUCACUGCAAACCCUACGGCAGCUGAAGUCACCCCUCGACAGUGGACAGGGUCACAGUUGGAUGUCCAGUUUGGACAUGCGCCGUCUUAUAAUCAGGUGGAACAAUCUUUUGGAUCGAAGCAACAUUAUGAGGUAGAGCAGCCUCAGCUAAAUCUGGGGAUUGAACAGUUCAAUUCAGUCCAUCAAGCCCCCUACAACCUGCAACAUAUUGACCCACAGAUAGCACCACCAGUGGUUCCGGAGAGUCUUUACGCUCCAUAUACUUAUCCUACAGCGACAACAUUCACUCCUCAGACCAGCUUCAGCCCUCAAAUUGCCACACAACAAACGCCGGAGGUGCCAUAUAAUCAAUUUGCACCCGCUCAAGUGCCAAGCCAUGGAGCCCCGACAUGGCCCGGUGUUAGUCCUUAUCAGAUGCAGCAGCCCGCUGGCAACUCAUAUCAGACUCAGCACUACUCACAGUAUGCUCAGCUUACGCCUCCGAAAUCCACCGUGGAGGCACUGAGGACGUCUGUUGGUAGGCCACCACAUGUUCUUACGGCUUUCGGAUUUGGGGGAAAGCUUGUCGUUAUGAAGCUGAAAGAUUCCGUUAGUCUUCAUGCGAGUGAUGGGAAGCAGUCUUUUUCCAGUGGCCAAGCAUGGGUGCCUGGACCCAUAUGUGUACACAACUUGAGUCAGAUUGUAGCGCAAAGUGCUGAUCCUGGAAGACAUGAGCCUGGGAACCUCUACUUUAGUUCCCUCAGCCGCCAGACGUUCUCGGGUCCGCUUGCUGGUGGCAGUGUUUCCAACAAGGAGUUGACUAAGUGGCUGGACGAGAGGGGUGCAAAUUGUCGGACUGAAGAGCCGAGCUGUAAAAAUCCAGCAUCCGUGUCGAUGUUAUGGGGCCUUUUGAAGUUGGCAUGUCAGCACUAUGGAAAGUUACGGUCCGCCGUCGGAACAGCGGGAAUAACCUCGCAGGAAGAGGAUGGCCCUGAAGUAGCGCUAGCAAAUCUUCUAACAUCGGGAGUAAAUCAAGGGUCGUGGACGAUGGGAUCCUUUUCGUCUACUGUGUGUCUUCAGCCCAUCCCGUCAGAGCAUCAGUUGCAGAUGACUGCAUCUGAGGUCAAAAAGCUUCUAGUCAUGGGAAAGCGGAAGGAGGCGCUUAAGCAUGCCUUGCAAGGUCAUCUAUGGGGACCUGCCCUUCUUCUUGCCCGGCAACUUGGUGAGAAAUUCUACACAGAUGCUGUUGCACAAAUGGCGCAGUUCCAGUUUUUGCCUGGCUCUCCCAUGCGCACUUUGAGCUUGCUAAUUGCCGGACAGCCAGCGGAGGUUUUCAGUGAGAAGAACAUGCCUAUCACUCUUGGCCCGAAUCCUAUGCAAGGACUUCCGAUGUCGGCGGGUUCUUCACAAGAUGGCUUAGGCAGCAUGUUAGAAGAGUGGCAGGAAAAUCUUUCCAUCAUGGCUGCCAACCGUACCAAUGGAGAUGACCGUGUGAUCUCACAUCUUGGAGAUUGUCUUUGGAAAGCCAAGGGAGAGGUUGCUGCCGCACAUAUAUGCUAUCUUGUCGCAGAUGCAAACUUUGAGGCUUUCACCAGCACGGCAAGGCUCUGUCUGAUAGGAGCAGAUCAUUGGAAAAAUCCCCGUACAUUUGCAACUCCAGAGGCUAUACAGCGGACUGAGAUCUACGAGUAUUCAAAAGUACUUGGCAACCCGCAGUUUAUUUUGGUCCCUUUCCAACCCUACAAAUUGAUCUAUGCAUCCAUGCUUGCUGAAGCUGGGAAGACUAGUGAAGCUCUAAGGUAUUGCCAAGCAGUGUUGAAAACUCUGAAGACAGCAAGUCGUGCUCCUGAAGUAGAAACCUGUCGACAAGCUGCCAUGGCUUUGGAGGAGCGUCUUCGUUAUCACGCACAGGGUGGCCACGCCGUAAAUCUUGCGCCUGGGAAGCUUGUGCGAACCCUUUUCAGCGCACUUGACAGGGGUAUACAUGGUAUUAUCGGGGGCCCUCCACAAUCUUCAGACCAGCCUCAACACAUACCCAAAGUUGAUUCUGUACCCUCCGGUCGAGAUCAAUAUACUACGAACCUGUCCGGCGUUAGUCCUGGCCGAACCCCAGCACCUAUUGUUCCCUCCGCCUCGGCAGGGAAACUGCAAGAAAUCAGCUCUAUGCCACCUCGAAGUGUUUCAGAGCCAGACUUCAGUUCGUCCAUGAAGGAAAAAUCUGUGCAAACAAAAGCAAAUGCCGGGGCUGGGGCAGCAGGUGGUUAUCUCAGAGGUUUGGGUUCAUCACUGUUUCAAAGGGUUGGUUUCAGAAAGAAGGAGGCAAAGUUAGGAGAAAAAAAUAAAUUUUACUACGAUCAAAAACUGAAACGAUGGGUUGAAGAAGGGGCUCAACCUACUCCGGAGGAAGUGGCUCUUCCUCCUCCUCCCACUUCUGCCAAUUUUGUGAGCAAGGUUGACGAACAUAUACCAGAUGUACAGUCUGGAGUUGGAGUUAUACCUGGUCCCAGGACUUUAUCUGGGACACCUCCUGUACCCCCAAGUAAUCAGUUUUCUGCUCGCGCGAAACAAGGUGUCCGGUCGAGAUAUGUCGACACAUUCAAUAAAGGUGGAAAUGCAACAGUUUCCAAGCCUGUGACAUCAUCCUUAUUUCCUACUGCAAAAGCAGCUGGAGCUCCUAUGCAGCCUAUGAGUUUCUUUGUUCCAGGACCAACGCUGGAUAACUUAAAUGGCGCUUCAGCGAAGUCUGAGAAAGGGACUUCUGGUGAAAACACUGAGGAAAAUCACGCUGGAAACUAUGGUGACUCUGCUUCCAGUAUGGAGGAUCGGAUUGAUACAAGUCAAAGUGCAGCUGCUCCAAAUAUGGUCCGGCAGAGUGGGACAAUAACUUCAUCAAUGCAUAGAGUUUCCAGUUUUGAAAGUACCUCUGUUUUUGGUGGUACAGAUCCCAUAGAAGGAAAUGAUAGAACAGGCAGAGGCACGAGCAAUGGUGGGAGUUCUGUUCCAAAUGGUUAUCACUCCAGGGCAAAUUCCUGGGGCGGAUACCCCAGUAAUUUUCAAAAUUCUCAAUUUGUUGCAGAACCGCCACCGAAUCUUGCUCAUGACAACUCCACUGCAGUGACAUCAAUUAGCAUGUACAAUGGUUUCAGUAGUCAGAGCUCAACCACAUCAACUCCUGUAAGCUCGUACUUCCCAUCCGCUCCUACUAAGGUGGAUGGGUAUUACCCACAUUCGGGUGAUGGCUCAGUCGACGCUUCUCUGCCUCCUCCUCCUUCGAUAGAGCCUUUUACAACAUCGAUAGGAUCUGGAGGAUCCGACGGAAGAGCUGUGAGUCAGGCACCAGUUUCUUUUACGGGGGAUGAUCUACAAGAGGUUGAUUUCUAGGGAUGCUUGUGGGUUAAGAAGGGACUAUAUUUUUGUACAACUUUGAUGUGCUGAGGAUGUGAUUUUUCUUCACGACCGCUCGAUGCAAGUGGUAAACACCGCAAAUUCUGCAGUUUGGAGAGAUGUUCACAUACCAUUCUGCAACUGCCAGAAACUGGAUAGAGUUCACAGUGGUGGGAUUGCAGGUGUUGCUUAGUACAUUCUAAAGACAAACUGAGUAGAUUAUGCAGCAAAGCUACAGAUAGUCGCAGUAGUAUUUUGAUUCUUUGGGGUGCAGUUGUCGCUGAGCAGCUAUUGCGAAGUGACGAAUGUUGCACCCCCUGUCAAGAUGGUUGUCCAUCUUCUCCUCCAUUUAAUGUAUACUCAAUUGGCACCUUGUAUCUACAAAUUCUCAUGGGUAGCCGAAGGAGAUUUUUCCAGCCAUUUUGAAAGUCCUGAUAUUUUAUUAUUAGAGUCCUGGAAGGAUGAAAAAGAGUGGGAUGAGGAUUUUGGAACUCAUGCCUACAGACACAUUAUGAACGGGGGACAACAUUUUUUACUGGCUAUCACGGAAAUAUGUUUGGAGAUGCCGUGGAUACUGCAGUAGCACCUUCUAGUAUGGCCAGAGAAGAGGGGAUGAUCUUCUCGUCCCGCCCCCAGUUGAUUUACUUGUAUGUCUUGCUGUGUCAAAUACAGCUGGAUCUUGUACAGCCCUUCGAUUGAUUGAUAAAAUUGGUUGCGUGACUUAUCCUCCAUCUUUACGUUGUCGCCACUCAGAAAUCAUAAUCUUUGACCUUUCCAUGAUAAUAAUACUUAGAUUUAGUGUGUUCAGUAAAAUUUGGUAUGAUCUUGUAACAGUUUUGUCUCAGUUUUGGAGUCUCGUCAAUAAAACAACUCUACCUCCAGUUCAUAUGCAUACUGAAACUAAAGUCAAGCUGUUGGUGUCUUACUAGUUCAUUCGCGAUGUCCCAAGGGAUUUUGCUCGAGUACUUCAUUAAAAACAGCUCUAACACAAUACGCUCUUAUUGACAUAUCUAAGGUUCAUGAAGAGGUGGAGUUGGUGUAAAGCAGGAGUUUUAUGCUUAUAUUGAGUUGUGCGCUUAGUUCGAAUGCGCUCAUCGAGUUCAAACAUGUCUCAACGAACAAAUUUUUUAAAUUUCCGU